GCAGCAGCGCUCACUGGCUCAGAGACCCCAAUCCGGCAAGCUGCAAUGACACGGCGUGAGUGGCCAGGCUGGGUCAGCCCCAUGCUCCAUCCAGCCCAGCGCCCGGGAACGAACUGAGCCGGCAAUCCUCGAGUGAUCCUGUUCCUGGCAAACCGAGGCCGGGCCAGUGGUGCCCCAACGUUUCCUAUGGGCUUUUGGCAACUACAAGCUCAUCUCUGCUUCGUAUCUGAACCUCAAGAACUGAAUUCAAAUCGUGUGGCCAAAACAGCACACAGUAUUCGAGCUGUGGGCGAGCCUGGUGCCUGGGGGAACCCUACAAUCAUACACAGGGAUGGGAAACUGAGGACAACGCUGUGACUGCAGGCAGGAAGCUAAUCAGGCAGCUGCGUGAGGCCAUUGCUGACCUACCAUGGACAAGGAGAGCAGCAUCGAGAGAAGUCACAGGAAGGCCUACCUUGAGAUGAUCGAAGUAGAUGGCAUUGGCCUGAACGCUGUCUUCAUCCUCAUCAUGUCGCGCGUGUCGCAGGCCUCAGGCUCCAUCCUGCCACCGCUGAGCUCACUGGUGGGGCCCAAGAAGGUGUCUCCCACUGUUGGGCAGAGGGAGCGAGAGGAGUCAGCAGACUCAGGCUGCAGCUCCCUGAGUGGCUUUGCCAAGUCCCUGCAGAAGGCGGAGGCCCGGCUGUGGAACUGUGUGAACCCCAGUGUGCGGCUCCUCCUGCAGCAGCAUGCCAGCGCCAGUGCCUACGACAGCGACGAGGAGGACUCGCCAGGCGCCCUCACCUGCCUGGCCCAGGUGGACCACAGCUUCCUGGGGCUCAGCCGCUGCCUCUGUGUGCAGGAGAACCCCCGCACAGAGACCUUCCGAGGCCAUAUCAAGCCGGCGGCCAGUGACACGGCCCCGGGCGCCUUCUCCUACCACCCUGUCCACCCCUGUGUAGCCAAGCACUGUGCCACCUUGCAUGCCCUACUGCAGCACCGCCACCGCCUCCGCCUCUCCCGCGAGUACAGCCACCGCCUCAAAGGGGCCUCAGAUUUCGUCUCUGACCUCCUUGCUCUCUUGGCACUGAAGGACCGGGGAGGGGACCCUGGGGGGAGCAGGCAGCUCAGGGGACUCUGUGAGGAGCUGCGGACUCAUACCAGCCACUGGAGCGGGCUGCAGCGCAAGAUGCGCAGUGACCCCUGGCUGCGGGAGCUGCUGCUGCAGCCUCAUGAGUCAGUGACACACAUGAAGCGAGCGCUGGAUCUGCUGGCCCUGCAUGCCAUCCGCCUGGUGGAGCACUACGUAGAGGUGCAGCUGCACUGCUUGGCACGGGCCAGCCCCGCCGCCCUCUCCCCUGCCCAGCUCUCUGACCUGUUCCAGGGCUUGGAGAUCUACAACCACCUGCUGAGCGACCAGGCCCUGGAGCGAGCCUCUGGCGAGCCGGGGACUGACCCCACCGCUCCACUCCGGCGCAAAGGAGAGGUGGGGGUUGGCGCUCAGGCCUAUCCCAUUGAUCGGGUGUUGGGCGUGCUGGCAGCUGAGAGAGGCAGGCUGGCUGCCCACCGACUCCACCAGCUCCUUCUGCAGCGGGCACAGAGGGACAGCCUGGAACAAGUGCACUGGGAGAGUGCUGUGGUGCCUUGGUCCAUGGACCGCAGCAGCAGUGAGACAGAAGUGGGGUCCCCUGGGCCCCCCAUAGUGGAGGGGCUCCUGAGCCUCCCUGAGGAGCUGCAGGUGCUGUGCAGGGAGGACAAGGAGCUCCUGGACCUUGUUCUGGGAGUCUUGGUGGCCUCCACCGACACGCUCUGGCACCAUGUGCUCAAGAGGCCCAAGCAGGAGAAGCCCCCAGCAGAGGAGGACCAGGAACCCCUCAUGGCGCCAGCCGCCAGUCCGGACCUGGACGAGAGGCUGAGCCCGGCCUCCCUGCCCAGCUGGAAGUCUGUGCGCUGGCUGGACGCGUUUUACUCGGAGGCUGCCGAGGUUCUGUAUGCACAGUACCGCCCACUCUUCUGGGAGGCCACCGCCACCUCGCUGGCCCAUCACCUGGAGCUGCGGCAGGACCAGGCACAGCCCUGUGGAGGCCUGCCCCAGUGCACAGAAAGGGCAGCAGCUGCGCUGGCACAGGAGCUGAGCCAGGCACUGAGUCAGGCCUGCGUGCCCCUAGAGUGCGAAGCGGCUCGCGCGCGUCUGUGCCUGUGCUGA